GUGGCACCUGGCACCACCAAAAUGCUCAUGGUUACAAGUUAAUACGGUUAGAAGCGCAAAAGGUGACAAUGAUGUCAAAAUUCAUCAAAUCCGGUCUGCUAGUAACUUUCAUGACAACCAUGUCUCCAGCUCUUGUCAUUAGGGAGAGGCCAUCCCUCCAAGACAAGGGACAGGUAGUUCCAGUUCGUCGCUAUUUCAUCAGUAUUAAAGAUUACAUUAUCUUCACCAUUGCAAUGGUUUUAUUCUGCGUGGCAAUGUAUUUGAUCAUCAAAGGAGUGGCAAAGUUGUUAAAUCGAAUGACACUCUGGGUCGUGGCCCGUGAUUGUGCUUGUGCACAAAACAAUGAAGAAAUCAAUCCAUGCCCAACAAUUUCUGAACAAGUUGACUUUUUUACCACAGGCACGCACUCACAGGAGAGACUACUAGCAGCUAAGAAAUACCCCUGUCAAGAAUGUAAAGAGAGUGCCUUCCUCCUCUAAUAGAGAAUUAAA